AAUCUUCUGCUCCUCCUUCUACUUCUUACCAAACCAACCUCAACAAUUUGUUCACUUCCCUCUCAUCUGAUUCUGCUACCAGCAAUGGUUUUGGGAAUAGAACUUCUGGUGUUAAUCAAGACAUGGUUUAUGGACUCUACCUUUGCCGUGGUGAUGUGAACACCAGCCUUUGCAAUGCUUGUGUCCAAAACUCUAGUAUCUUGCUCAUGCAGCACUGCCCCAACAAUGCNUCUGCUAUUCUCUGGNNCNNCUNUUGUNNUCUGAGGUACUCAAACGAGAAUUUCUUUGGCAAUCUCACCCUUAGGCCAAGGAUUCCCAUGUUUGAUGCCACGCAGAAUUCUACUAGUGCUGGAGAGUUUGACAGUGAUGCUCAGGUUUUGAUGAAUGGUUUGAUACAAAUAGGGUCAGAGGCACCCUUGAAGUUUGGAACACAUAUGUUCAACAUAAAUGGCACUCAGAGAAGGUAUGGUUGGGUGCAGUGCAGCAGAGACAUUACAGCUGAGGAAUGCAGAACAUGUUUGAGCAAUAUGCUUGAGGAUGUUGACAAUUGCUGUCAGGAGAAGAAGGUGUGGCGUAUCUUUUCUCCAAGUUGUAUGGUUAUGUAUGAAACUCAGCCUUUCUUUUUGAAUGGUACUGAUUCUGCACCACCACCUCAGCAAGAUAAUGCAGCCACAGAUGGGAAUAACAGAAGGUGGUGGCUUAUAGUAAUCAUUGUCGUAGCUGGAAUUGUAGUACUAGCUCUAUUGGCUAUCAGCAUAUACUACUGCUGCUUGAAAAGGAAAAAAGACAAACAAANUANACAAGAGGAGGGACUAAAUUCAAUAUUUUCACAAGAACAAACAGAAAAGGAGGAGAGUAUGAACACUGACCUUCCUAUGAUACCUCUGAGUACUAUUCUAAAAUGUACAAACAAUUUUUCUGAUGAACAAAAACUGGGGAAAGGUGGAUUUGGACCUGUCUAUAAGGGUAUAUUACCAGAUGGAAGACAAAUUGCUGUUAAAAGGCUUUCGAAAACAUCAGUUCAAGGUGGGGAGGAAUUCAAGAAUGAAGUAAUAUUGAUUGCCAAAUUGCAGCAUCGCAAUCUUGUGAGACUGUUGGCUGGCUGCAUUGAGCAAAAUGAAAAGCUGCUAGUCUAUGAAUUCAUGCCAAAUUCAAGCCUUGAUUUCCACCUAUUUGAUACCGAGAAGGGUGUCCAUCUGGAUUGGAAAAAUCGAUUAAACAUUAUAAAUGGGAUUGCUAAAGGGCUUCUAUAUCUACAUGAAGACUCAAGAUUAAGGGUUAUUCACAGAGACCUGAAAGCUAGCAACAUUUUGCUAGAUCAAGAAAUGAAUCCUAAAAUCUCAGACUUUGGAUUGGCAAGAACAUUUGGAGGAGACCAGAGGCAGGCCAACACAAUUAGAGUUGUUGGAACAUAUGGAUACAUGGCUCCAGAGUAUGCUAUGGAAGGUUUGUUUUCAGUGAAGUCAGAUGUUUUCAGCUUUGGUGUUCUUUUGCUAGAGAUCAUCAGUGGAAAAAUGAGCUGUAAAUUCUAUCAGUCAGACAGAGGCCAAAGCCUUCUCGUAUAUGCAUGGAACCUCUGGUGUGAAAGCAAAGGGUUGGAAUUGAUGGAUCCAUCAAUAGAAAAAUCAAGUGUACACAGUGAAUUUGUGAAGUGUAUGCACAUUGGACUGUUGUGUGUGCAAGAAGAUGCAGCAGAUAGACCAACAAUGUCAAGUGUUGUUCAUAUGCUUGCAAGUGACACAAUGAGUCUUCCCAGCCCCACACGCCCUGCAUUUUCUGUUGGAAGAGCAGCCAUUGAAAGAGAAUCUUCAUCAAACACUUCUAUGCAUUACUCUCUCAAUCAAAUAACAGUCUCUGAAGUGAUACCAAGGUGAUGAAUCAUAAUAGAUAGGUUGCAAGAAAUGUGUAUAAUCAAGUUUUUGGAACACAAAGAAAAGUAAUGUA